GCCUCAGAGUGGAGGAAAGCCGAGACGGGGGAUGGGAAGGUGGGGGUUGCUCUACCUCCGAGACGCCUUCGCCUAGCCCCUCUUUAAAGGGACGCGCGCGCGCCCGCGUUGGUAUGCGCGCUCCUCCCGUCCCCACUCCUUCCGCGCACCGCCCCCUGCCCUCCCCUUUCCGCGCACCGCCCCCUGCCCUCCCCUCUGGACUAGCGCUCCGCCCUGGCCCCCGAGAGCCGGUGGCGGCGGCCGGCAGAGGGAGGCUCCGCCUCCGGUCCCCUCCCUCUUUCCUCUCUCCCUCCCUCCCUCCCUUCUUCCUUCCUUCCUUCCUUCCCUCUCUCGGUGCCGGGUUCCCGGGUGGGUUUCCCCCCGCUGCCCCGAGCCUCCCCGGGCCAUGGCCGGCAACGUGAAGAAGGGCGCCGGGGCCGGGGGCGGCGGCGGCUCCGGGGGCUCGGGCUCGGGCGGCCUGAUCGGGCUCAUGAAGGACGCCUUCCAGCCGCACCACCACCACCACCACCUCAGCCCCCACCCGCCUGGAGCGGUGGACAAGAAGAUGGUGGAGAAGUGCUGGAAGCUCAUGGACAAGGUGGUACGUUUGUGUCAGAAUCCAAAGCUGGCUCUAAAGAAUAGUCCUCCUUAUAUAUUGGACCUGCUACCAGAUACUUACCAGCAUCUUCGCACAAUCUUGUCAAGAUAUGAGGGGAGAAUGGAGACACUUGGAGAAAAUGAAUAUUUCAGGGUAUUCAUGGAAAAUUUGAUGAAGAAAACUAAGCAGACCAUCAGCCUUUUUAAAGAAGGGAAAGAGAGGAUGUAUGAAGAGAAUUCUCAGCCUAGGCGAAAUUUGACCAAACUAUCCCUGAUCUUCAGCCACAUGCUAGCAGAACUAAAAGGUAUCUUUCCAAGUGGACUCUUCCAAGGAGAUACAUUCCGGAUAACCAAGGCAGAUGCUGCAGAGUUUUGGAGAAAAGCUUUUGGAGAAAAGACUAUAGUUCCCUGGAAGAGCUUUCGACAGGCACUUCAUGAAGUACAUCCCAUCAGCUCUGGACUAGAGGCCAUGGCCCUGAAAUCCACUAUUGAUCUGACCUGCAAUGAUUAUAUUUCAGUUUUUGAAUUUGAUAUCUUCACACGACUCUUUCAGCCUUGGUCGUCUUUGCUCAGGAAUUGGAAUAGCCUUGCUGUGACUCAUCCGGGUUACAUGGCUUUUCUGACAUAUGAUGAAGUGAAAGCCCGGCUCCAGAAAUUCAUUCACAAGCCUGGCAGCUACAUUUUCCGACUGAGCUGUACGAGGCUGGGCCAGUGGGCCAUUGGCUAUGUCACUGCUGAUGGGAAUAUCCUCCAGACAAUCCCUCACAACAAACCUCUCUUCCAAGCACUGAUCGAUGGCUUCAGGGAAGGCUUCUAUUUGUUUCCUGAUGGACGAAAUCAAAAUCCCGACCUGACUGGCUUAUGUGAGCCUACUCCUCAAGACCACAUUAAAGUUACCCAGGAACAAUAUGAAUUAUACUGUGAGAUGGGCUCCACCUUCCAGCUAUGUAAAAUAUGUGCUGAAAAUGACAAAGAUGUGAAGAUUGAACCUUGUGGCCACCUCAUGUGCACAUCCUGUCUCACAGCUUGGCAGGAAUCAGAAGGUCAAGGUUGUCCUUUCUGUCGGUGUGAAAUUAAAGGUACAGAGCCUAUCGUGGUGGAUCCCUUUGACCCCAGAGGAGGGGGCGGCCUACUUAGGCAAGGAGCAGAGGGAGCUCCUUCACCAAAUUAUGAUGAUGAUGAUGAUGAAAGAGCUGAUGACUCCCUUUUCAUGAUGAAGGAACUGGCCUGCGCCAAGAUUGAACGGCCUCCUUCUCCAUUCUCCAUGGCCCCACAAGCUUCUCUUCCUCCAGUGCCACCACGACUGGAUCUUUUGCAACAGCGAACAUCCAUUCCCUCAGGUGCUUCUAGUCCUGGAACUGCUUCAAAGGUUGCCCCUGGCUCCCUUCAUAAAGACAAACCUUUGCCAAUCCCUCCCACACUUCGAGAUCUCCCUCCACCACCUCCUCCAGACAGACCACAUUCCAUUGGGGCAGAGAGUCGGCCUCAGAGACGCCCACUACCCUGUACACCAGGCGACUGUCCAUCCAGGGACAAACUUCCCCCUAUUCCUUCUGGCCGUGCAGGGGAAUCAUGGCUUCCCCGGCCAAUACCCAAACUACCUACAGCUACCCUAAGUCCUGGUGACCCCUGGUCAGGCAGAGAAUUGACCAAUCGUCAUUCGCUUCCCUUUUCACUGCCUUCUCAGAUGGAUCCCAGAGCUGAUGGUCUUAGGCAUGGAAGCACUUUCAGCCUGGAUGCCCCAGUGACCAUGAACAACAGUCCAUUAGCUGGGCCAGAGUGUGAACACCCUAAAAUCAAGCCUUCCUCUUCUGCCAAUGCCAUCUAUUCUCUUGCUGCCAGACCUCUUCCUGUGCCAAAGCUGCCCCUUGGGGAGCAGUGUGGAAGUGAUGAGGAUACAGAGUAUAUGUCUCCUUCUUCUCGGCCUCUGGUGCUUCCUGGUGCCAGCCACCAAAAGGUAGAACUGAAAAGACCUUCGGAGAUGACCCACAGUUUACAAGUGUUUGAUUCGGAGCAGCAGAUUGACAGCUGCACCUAUGAGGCCAUGUACAACAUUCAGUCACAGGCAACUUCUUCUGGCCUAGAGAGCAGUAGUACAUCUGUCGAGGGAGAUCUGGCUGCAACCCUUCCCAGCAAUGGUCCUGAGGAGUCAGAGAAUGAGGAGGAUGGAUAUGAUGUCCCCAAGCCCCCUGUGCCAGCAGUCCUGGCUCGUCGGACUCUCUCAGACAUUUCUAAUGCCAGCUCUUCCUUCAGUUGGAUGUCUUUGGAUGGUGAUCCCACAACAGGUUUUACUGAGGGUUCCCAAGUUCCUGAAAGGCCUCCCAAGCCUUUCCCUCGGAGGAUCAACUCUGAACGGAAAGCAGGAAGCUGUCAGCAGGCUGGUGCUGUUCCUUCCACCUCUCCUCAGUUAUCCAGUGAAAUUGAGAGCCUCAUGAGCCAGGGGUAUUCAUAUCAGGACAUUCAAAAAGCUUUGGUCAUUGCCCAUAACAAUAUUGAAAUGGCCAAAAACAUCCUCCGAGAAUUUGUUUCUAUUUCCUCCCCUGCCCAUGUAGCCACAUAGCACAUCACCUCCUUGCCUCCAAUUUCAGUGGACCAGUGAGCUGGGCAACAUGCUCCAGGAGCACCUGAGAGGGCAAAGGGAUUUUUUUGGAGACUUCAAACUGAAGUCUUGCCCUGUCUGGUGGAUGUCUCAUCUGUGGUUCAAGAUUUCAAAGCAGUGGAACAAACACAGAGCAAACAACUAGGAUGUUGUUUUGUUUUGUUCACUUUAUAGUGUGUGUUUGAGGGCAGUUUGCCUUCAGUCCCCGUUUAGAGAGAGCGUUCAUUUUGACGAUGACAUGGUAUGGUGCAGCUCAGCCCCUUGGGAAGCAGUCCAAGGGCAUCGGGACAAGUAUUGUGAGGAAAAAACCAAACUGAGGGCUUUGAGUUUUCCAGCUUAGGUGGGUGGGUGUCACUUUGUAUAUAUAUGUGUGCACUCAUGUGCGUGCGUGUGCGUGUGCGUGUGCGUGUGCGUGUGUGUGUGUGUGUGUGUGUGUGUGUGUCCUGUGGUCAGAAGAUUAACCCCAGACAGGCCUCCAUUUCCUGGGGAUAGGCACAAGAGGUUUAGGAAGGGAUCUUUUGGUAACUUCCAUCUACUGUGGUAUUAUACCCCCAUCCUAGUGUGUAUUGUGAUUUCAAUGCUACUCCAGAUUAUCAUGUGCAUAGCUAAAGUCCUGUAUUUUUAAACUGUCUCCUUUUCUGUUAUUUGCUUUGCUGUCCAUGGUGCUCUUGUCAUUGGCCAUGGACUGGUUAUGACUAACUUAAGUGAAGCCAGGGAGUUUAUGAGAUAUUCCGUUUUUUAUGUGGUUGUGUUUGUUUUUUGUAGGGGGGUAGAGAGAGUGGAGUAUAAAGUAUUGUUGCAUUAUCAUUGCAGAUGUGUUUGACAUUAGCAGCUAACACUGGUCACUCCAAAACGUUGUUUCAAUAGGAACAUUGAAUUUGGCAAAAUAAGAUUUUUUAACUAUCCUAAUUAAACUGUGGCUCAACUGAGGUGGAGGCCUUCAGAUACAUUCCGUAUGCUUCAGAGGAGGAGUCAGUUGCCUUGAUACCAGGUGUGUGCCCUGAGAGAUGCUUUUCUGUUUUGUGGGAAAGUGGCAUCAUAUCUAAGAUAAUGCUAUAAUCCAGAUACUGGGAAGCUUUCUGGAGCCGUGGGGCCAUAUGCUUUUACCUUUGUAUAAUGAAUGAAAAAAAGCAGACUAAGUAUAAGCAUCCAUCAGUUUGGCUCUCCUUCUUAUGAAAUUUUUAGGCUUUGCAGGUGUCUUCCUUCAGCAAGGGCCAAAUUAGCAUUUUCAGAAAAUCUUCCCUUUUGUUUUCCCCAAAAUACGGGGCACUUUUUUUUUUUUUUUUUUUUGCUGUCAUGGUGUGCAACUGCUAGCUCCCUGCUUAGGUUGGUGCUUAUCCACGGGCUUAGAGACCAACUCUUGUGUGAUUGUAGCAUUAGAGAAUGCAGCCUCUUUUCCCCUGUCUCUCCGAUCCUUAGCUUUUGUACCCCUGCAUAGAGUAAAUUGCUGCAGCCAGGGAGUAAACCCCAGAUCCUUUUAGUCUACCAAGGAAGAUAUAGAAAAGCUUCUCUUCACACAUACACAUCUCACAUUCAGGAAUCAGGAGUGGCAGGAAAGAAGUAGAAUUUGUCCUAGUGAAGCACCAUCCACUAUUAGGGACCAGUGUAGAGCUUCACCACUUGAGACCAGAGCCAACUGCCUUUGCAUAGACAUUGAAACUCUGAGGAAGAAUCAAAGAACAAGUCUCAGCAAUUCCUUGUGCACUGUUAGAAUCUGCUGUUGGAGUUCUUCCUUGUCUAGAGCUGUUGCGGGGCCUUCUGCUUCCAAAUAUAUAAUAUUUAUCUGUUACACAUACUACCUUUGUGGAUACAAAGUUUUCCUCUCUACAGCUGACUCUUCUGCUUAUAUAAAAUACAGACCAUUUCAUCCCUUUUUGACUUGCAAAAACUCUGUCUAAAGCCUUACAUAUAAGGUUGUGUGUUUAGGGAUAUAUGACAUAGUGACAGCAGGCAUUUGCUAAAUGCCUCUUUUUUCUCCCAGCAACUUUGCUCUUCAAACAAACAAACAAACAAACAACACCGCCCGCCACCCCACCCCCCACCCCAGCCCAAACCCCUUGUAACAAAUAAGCAUAGUCAAGCAAAACAAAUUCCCACAUUGGUCAUGUCCAAAAAUGUGUGUCUCAUUCUACAUAUUGGUCCGCCUCCCUUCUGUCAGGAUGUGGAUAAUGUUCCUCAUCAUUGGUCCUUUGGAAUAAAUGACUGAGAUCAGUCUGUUGAUCAGGGUUCUUAAAUCUUUUGAUUUUUUUGUUUUUGCAGUAUGGAUGUUAUGCUAUAAGUUGUUCUCCUGGUUCUUUUCGUUUCACUCUGCAUCAAUCCGUACAGAUUUCCUCUAGUCUCUCUGAAGCUAUCUCUUCAUUGAUACAACACAGUACUAUUCCAUUACAUUCGCGUGCCAUAAUUUGUUCAGCCAUUUCCCAGUUGAUGGGCACCUCCUUAGUAAAUGUCUUAACAUUCAGGGAUCCAAAUCAAUUUACCUGAGACUUUCUUUUUGACCAUUUGUUCUAAGAGGCUUUCCUUUAAUUGAGGCAAAAAUUUAGGAUAACUGGUGAAUCUUCAAAAGCUUUCACAUGCUUUUUGAUUUGGGGCAAUUCCCAACCUUUGAUCUGUGACAUUUCCCCCGUGAGCAUGAGCCAGUGCCAGGUUAUUAGUGCAUAUGUGUCGUGUACUGACUCAGUUUGUUGUCUGUGCUCACAGAAAAUGGGUAUAGAACCAUGGAAUCUCGUAGCCAGGAGGAAACUUGGAGGUUGUUCAGUCCGGGGUAUACCUGAAGCAAGAAUCCCCUCUACAACAUCCCCCACACAGUGGUCAUCUAAUCUUAGCUUAAACAUUUCCAGUAAUGAGGUACUUAAUACUUCCCGACUGUAGUCCAUUCCAUUUUUAGGUAGCUUUAAUUGUUAGGGAGAUGUUCUUUUUCUAUUGUGACAAAAUCUAUCUGCCUACAUGGGAUUUUUGUUUGGGCUUAUUGCCGCUUAGACUGAGAAAAUCUCAGAUUAAUUUAUCCGGAUCCCUGAAUCAUAUCAAGGGUAUUUUAUAAUCUGAAAACUGUUCUGGCAAUCACUAGCCAAAUUGAUUCUUUCCUUCAUUUGGAAACAUUGCUUUAGGAUGGACAUUUUGAUGUUUUUAUAGCUGCUAGGAGGCUAUAAGUCAAGGGGUCUUGGCCCAAGGAGCUCCCUUAGGAAAUUCUCCCCCAUUAGUUUAUCAAUUCCUAGUUAUGUUGUCAUCUAUUCAGGUUAACUGAAUUAGCCUUGAGUUCUGUUGUCUGCUAAGAAAACACCACCCCUUUCCCCCUUUUAUUUACAAAAUGUCUAUCUUCUGCUACCUUUUAGAUUGAUGGAUGGGAAAAAAAUCUUCCUCCACACUAGGCUUUUUAAUACAAUUAAAUAAUCCUACUUCUUCUAGACCUUCCCCAAAUUGCUUUAUACAGUCUGUAACAUCUGUAGCUCCUUUGUUCAACAUGAUCAACACAUGAUUGCUCUGAACCACCAACCACAAAGUUUUGGCUUCCUGCUCCCUGAUCCUUCCAUGUAAAGGAAUUCACAGAGGUUAGGUGAACUCCAGACUUUCUCACAAAUACGAGCACAAAAUGGGAGAAAUUGUAGAACCUUGGGAUCUCCCUGCAUUCAAACACAAGUGAAGGCACUUGAUUAUCUUGUUGAGAAAGAUCAUAAGAUCUAGAGCUGAAAGGAUCCUUAAAAUUCUAGUUCAUUCCCCUUGUUUUUACAAGUCAGAGAAAUUUCCAGCUCAGGGAGGGGAAAUGACGAAAAUCACACAAGUAAGGAAACAGCAGAAUGCUAUGGUUCUAUCCUUGAUCUAAAUGUAGUGCUGUCCUCACACACCAUGCUGCCUUUUUCAUUUGUUACAUUGUGCGUUCAUGAAACCCUUAACUAAAAGCAGAUAUUUGAAGGGCUGCCCACCUAGCUUACAUUGGAACCUUGAAACCCUUUUUAAAAAAAAAUUAUUUUGUUUUAUUUUUUUUUAGCCAUGGAAGUCAUUAUGAAACAAUUUAGAGCUUUUAGAGAAUCUGAAUUCAGAUAUGGAAGAAGAAAUAAGCUGUGAAAAGUAAAAAUGGUAUAGAGUUGCUAACCCAGGUAGUAUUUGAUGGUCAACUAUUUUAAGUGUAAUAGAAACCACUUUGCGAUAGCAGUUAAAUGUCUUAAGGUUUUGACAGUUACACGUACCUGAAUUUGAUAGAAAGUUUGGAAACUUUUCACUAAGGCCCUCCUAGCAGAAUACCUCUUCAGCCCCAUUUUAUGAACUUGAAAAGUUUUCCUACUUAUUUAGCUUCCCUGCUUCUUUUGCUCUUACUAAUUCUCUAUUGUCUCUCCUGGGAGAAUUAGCAAACUAAUUUAGCUGAUUAGCUCCUAGUCACUUUAUGUAUACACAAUGUGAUAACUCAGAAGAGACCAGACAUUUCAGGCACAUAGUUUUGGGGAGACUGAUGCACUUGCUCAGCUGGACUGGCCCAUAUUUACUAGUGAACAAAGUCUGGCUCUGCUCUACCCUGGGUAAGACACUGAGGAAACUCCCCAUUGCCUCUUGGUCACAGGGAUUGGCAUAAAGCAGGGCAAAAGGGAGGAGAGGUGAAGGUGCUGUGGAGGAGGAAGUGUCAGGCUGCAGAAGCAGCUACUGCAGAGGUAGUUGUUUGAGACCUUUUGUCCCUACCCCUCAGUAGUGUGAGUGUGUCUAACCACUCCGCCUGCUUGUGCAGGGCAAAGGCCUGAGGCCAGGCUUGGGACUCCUGCUUACUGGUUUGGCAUCAGCACAACCUAGCCCAGUUGACUGGGAUCAUGUUUUUUCAUAAGCCCGGGAGGAAAUGCAAAGAGCCAAUCCCCAGUAAACUCAUCUCAUUCCCUCUCCACCCUCAGAAACAGAUUUGAAAAGGAGAGGGAAGCAGUGCUCACAGGAGUGAGCAUCACAGCCUGCAAGCCAUGUGGAGCUUGCUUUCAUGCUCCUGAAACUAGAGUGAGGCCAUGUGUGUGCCCUCUGUUCUGCCCCAAGGCUUAGGGUUUCACGUGUUGGUUCCCUCCUGCUGGUCCACCUCUGACCCUGUUGUGUGGCCGGCAUGGCAGGGACUGGAUGGAAUCUCUGGGGAACACGGCUGCUGUGGCUGGCUAUAGAACAUGUGCCCUCUCCUGUGGCCAGCCCCUCCUUUGUUCUGAUGCCUCAGUGGAAAAGCCUGCAGAUACACUGCCAGCCCUCGGAGAUGCCUUUCCUUCCUAACUUUCAACAUGAGCUAAAGUAGUUAAUCAACUUAUCCUUGAAGGAAAAGCCCAGCCUUUUACUUAACGACAUGGAAAGAGGAGCAAAUGGCAGCUGUAAUGAGCACUCCUCCCACUCUGGUUCUGUGAUGACCCGAGUCACUUAUAAAAGACUUUAUUUUUUUUUUAUAAAAGACUUUAACCAUAAAGAUAUUUUUUCUUUAUUUACAGUUAUUCAUUUCUCACACACUGAAAAAGCCAAAUGUCUUGUGCCUUUUCUAUGGGAGCACUGCAUCCCUAGUUACAUAUUAAGAACUUACUGUGGAAAUCCUAGAGUCUUCCCCCAGCCCUAUCCCACCCAGUUUCAUUAGUCCCUAGAGAAAAGAAAGUUGCCAGGGAAGGGAGUGCUUAUAUAUAGCUGGAGAGACGACAGAUUGAAAUGCCGUAAGCGGUAACCUGUGUCCUUUUGUCCCUGUCACAGCAUUUAGUUGGAAGAGGAAGCAUUGUGUCCCAGGAUCACUGGGGUGGUUCGAGUCAUUUAAUUACAGUGUAGGUGUUAGCCAGAGAAGAGAGACAGCUAGAAAUUUCCAUGUUGCUGGAGGAGUUGGGUAUCCCAUGUACAAUUGCAAGCCUCCUGCCUUUCCAGACACCUUGGCCUUCUCCCUAGGUGAAGGCAUCAGACUGAGCAUGAAGUAGGCAGUGCCUCCACAGGGCUUUACUGACCCCAGGGAGAUAAGUCCAAGGCAGCCACAAAUCACUCCUCCUCCUUGCCCCUCAGAGAGUCUCAGUGUCUGUGGCUGCCAUAAGUUUUGAUUUCAAGCAAAGAAAGUGGGUUUUCUGUACUUGAUGGUGUUUUUUCUCUUUCAUUCCCUUCAUUUUCUCCCUACUGGUAACUAACAAAAGGAUUGGGAAAUAGGUUAUUUUUUUUUCAUUCAUACUUAUUUCUCAUUUCAAAAUUCUUUUUAUGGGUGGGGCUGGAGAGAAGAACCAGUAACUUUCUCUCUUCAGAAUGAAGAAUCCCAGUUUGUAUAUCAGUGUUUAAAAAAAACCAAACCAACAAAACUCAGACAAGAUUUUCGUGGACUAUUUUAAAGAGUAUGUGUCCUUAAUAUAAAGUUUAUAUUAGCAGUAUUUAAUCACUUCUCACCUGUAAAGAAACAGAAGGUAAAUAUUCUUGCAGAGAGUAAUUAGCAGAGCUUUAAGAUUCAUUUUGGGUUAAGUCCACUUUGUUUGCCAAUGCAUUGUUAAUGUUUAGAGGUCUGUUAUACUAAUGUUAUUUAUUAAUUAUUUUUCAUUCCCAUACAUAGCCAACUAAAGAGCUUUUCCACGCACCCAUGUCUGUCAAAAAAAAUUAUUUUUAAAUAAAGUUCCUUUUGUUGUAGCAGACUUGCUGUCCAGCCAUUUUGGAGACACAGGAAGCAAACAGAUUCUCAGGCG